GGGAGAGAGAGCAGCUGUGAUGGGAGGGUCAAACUGUGUAUGUGAGUGUGACUGGUGUGUCUGUCAGCUCUAACCGCUGGACACCCACCCAUCUGAGGUCCUUCCAGACGGAUUCCGUAACCCUGUGCAUCAGCAGACGGUGGGGCCUCCGGAUCACGGUGGGGGUCAGUCAGUCUGGAAGCCCCCCACAGAUGCAGCUCAUAAGAUCCGAUAAUCCUUGAGAGGAGAGGCGGGAUCUUGGACGAGGGGUUGAGAUGGAGAACCUGACCACAGAGGUGAGCGAGGGCGUGCACAUCACGUGUAACGCAUCCGGCCGACACGACUUCAUCUUCACGUUUGUGCCCGUCAUCUACGCCUGCAACUUCCUGGUGGGCGUGGUGGGCAACAGCAUCGUGGUGGCCGUCAUCUUCCGCUUUAUGAAGCUGAAGACGGUGGCCAGCGUGCUCGUGCUCAACCUGGCUGUGUCAGAUCUGACCUUCCUGUUCACUUUGCCUUUGUGGGCCACGUUCACGGCCACGGGCUACCACUGGCCGUUCGGCAGCUUCCUGUGCAAGGCCAGCGGCGGCCUGGCCGUCUUCAACUUCUAUGCCAGCAUCUUCUUCCUCACGGCGCUGAGCGUGGACCGCUACCUGGCCGUGGUCCACCCCGUGGGCUCCAGGCGCCACCGCACGCCCCUGUGUGCCCGCGUGUCCUGUGCGCUGGUGUGGGUGGCGGCCCUGCUGCUCAGCGCGCCCGCCGCCCUCAACCGCGAUGCGCACCAGGUGAAGGGCGGCGCCAACACUCUGUGCGGCGUGCUGCACGGCGGGCAGAGGCGCCACGUGCUGGUGACCUUCGCCGUGCUGAAGAGCGUGCUCGGCUUCCUCGCACCCUUCCUCAUCAUCGUCACCUGCUACUGCCGGAUGGGCCGCGCCCUACUCGGAGCCCGGGGCGUGCCCAGGAAGAGCACCCGCGCACGGGGGGACGAGACGCUACGCAUGCUGGCCGCCGCCGUGCUGGCUUUCUUUGUGUGCUGGGCCCCUCACCAGGUGGUGUACUCCAUGGACCUCCUGGCCAUGCUGGAGGUGGUGACAGACUGCCGCACACUUGACAUCAUCGACACCGCCAUGCCCUUCAGCAUAUGCCUGGCAUACUUCAACAGCUGCGUCAACCCCGUCCUCUACGGCUUCGUGGGACGCAACUUCCGGAAGAACGUCCAGCGACUGCUACGAUGCGGCCCGGUGUCAGGCAGGCUUCACCCCCACACCAGCAGCAGGACCAACACUCUCUCUCAGCGAGCCUCCAAGCUCCUGCAUCUGCCCAGCAGUAAGAAGAACUCCGAGCGUCGUACCAACCCACUGGAAGAGCCAAAGACCUUGCAGAUUUAAACCAGUGAGAUGGGUUUUGUUUUGGUUUUUUUCUGAUUUUUAUUUAUUGGGGUCUUUUGGAAAGGAUGUAGUUAAGAUUGUUGUUGUUGUUGUGGUUGUUCUUGUUCUUUGCGCACUGAGUCCAUUAUCCAAAAAAACAAAAUGUCAUUUCAAACAGGACAUGCAGUGUCUGCCAUGUGCCGCAAACCAUGGGACUACACAGAAUUGCAGGACUACAAAGAACUGCGGGACUACACAGAACUGUGGGACCACACAGAACUCCUUUGGAUGAAGCUGUACAUGUGCUAUUUCUGAUGUAGAUUCAUGCACUUACAGUCAAACAUUAGUCUUGCUGUACCUUCUCUUAUCAACAUUAGCACUAACAAAACGUGCUUGGCUAGCUUGUUUGCUAAAGGCCACUUUUAGCCAGCCAAUGAGAAAGGCAAUGUUUCUGCUACUUUCACACUUUAUCCCACAGAAACAGCAAGAGCAUUUUUCUCAGUUCGUGAACAGGAGCAUGACAGCUGAUACACACCUUCCCAAACUUUGAUCUCUUGUGAUCGGCUUCAAAGAGUUCAGCACCAGUGUGAAUGAGCCGUUGAAUUCAUGACUGUCCAGAAUUAUCUCUGAAUUUAGACCCAGUGUGUCCCUCAGAGCACAGCACAUGUGUCACAGUGAUCCUGUAGAUCACCUGGUGUAGCUAGGACAGCAAUGUGUCUGCAAACCCCACAGAACUGUCAUACUGAUAAAUACGUUGAUCUGGAUAAGAGUGCCUACCAAACGAUGUAAAAAUGAAUUAUUAUGACAAAAGCAUUUAUGGAAGUUGUGGUUAAAUCAUUCCUGUUCCUCCCUUAAACAUGACUUAAUGAAAUCAUUAUGUGUUUUAGAACUGGAUGUAGCUGACUGAUCCACCAGAAGAGAUUUAUACGAAUAGACCCAAAAGUCAUUCCCAGGUCGAGAGAUGUUUAGCUAUGUAUAGAUACAUUGAACAUAGAGGGCAGUGGGACACAUUGGCACCUUCAUACAGAUGACCUUGACACUCAGAAUGUCCGCCAUAGGUCAGAGAUGUCCUCGCAAAAACACACAUGCUUUCAAGACUCUGUUUACCUGACAUUUAGCUUCCUUAGAGGCUAACGCACUUAAAAAGACAGCGACAGGAAUUACAAACAUGAUAGCAGUGUAGUGGAUAUAGCAUAAAGGUUGGUAAUCUGGAUAUAGCAUAAAGGCUGGUAACCUGGAUAUAGCAUAAAGGCUGGUAAUCCGGAUAAAGCAUAAAGGCUGGUAAUCCGGAUAUAACAUAAAGGCUGGUAAUCCGGAUAUAGCAUAAAGGCUGGUAAUCCAGAUAUAGCAUAAAGGUUGGUAAUCUGGGUAUAACAUAAAGGCUGGUAAUCCGGAUAUAGCAUAAAGGCUGGUAAUCCAGAUAUAGCAUAAAGGCUGGUAACCCGGAUAUAGCAUAAAGGCUGGUAAUCCGGAUAUAGCAUAAAGGCUGGUAAUCCGGAUAUAGCAUAAAGGCUGGUAAUCCGGAUAUAUCAUAAAGGCAGGUAGUGUCUUCUCUGAAGGCUUAAAGUAGAUUCUAGAUAUUUAAUGUUCAUAGAAACAGUGUAAUAUUUGUGAUAAUAUGCCAUAACAGUGGUCUGUAAUAAUUUAUAUCUCUGUUGUAGUAAUUCAUAUGGGUUAUUCUGCAGUUGGAGUUCCUGAACAACUUGUUCAAGAAAAUUUGUUGUACACCUUUGUUUUUUAAAAGGCUACGUAAACAAAAAUAUAGCAUUUGUAUUUUGACUUUUGGAACGAACAGUUCUCCUAACAUGGUUGCUAUUUUUAAGAAAUGUCAGAACUAAUAUAUUUUGUGCAGGUUUGUAAAGCAUUCUUAAUGCUUGUUGAGCCCAACAAUACCUCUGAGAAAUAAAUGUGGGAAAAUUCAUGCACAUUUUAUAUGUAUUUGAAUAGAGACAAAUAAAUGAAGUCUCUAUAAAUGGAUGUUUUAUUAUGCGGGUGGAGAGAUCUGAUGUUGUCCUGUUGUAUUGUUAUUUAAUAAACGUGGAAAACUCUCAUCAAGUCACAACCAGAA